AUGAAGCAACAGCAACUUCCACUAUCCAUUCCCAAUCACAGCGCCGAGAUGUUCACCAAAAAUAAAACAUACAAUGAGAAUGUUUGCUAUGAUGCCUUCAUGUCGCCACCAUUAAGUGCCAGUGUUGGCAAGGGACACGAUGAUUUUCAGGCGCCCAAAGUCAACUUCACCAAUAAUACGAAUUUUACCUGCGCCGAAUUGCAGUUUCCGGAUUUUUCACAUCUAUGCUUCGCCACGGAGACACCGAACUCUGUGUUUAGUGACUAUAAUAACUAUACGGGACCGGAACAGGAUAGGGAUAGGGAUGAUAUUGUGUGUGCUGCUGCCGGGCAAACGGGUAUGCCCUAUCAGCAGGGUCAGUACACUCAGCUAAAUCGCGAGGAUGUCUUUCGGUUCGAGCCGGAGGACAUUGCGCGGCUAACGGCAGACAAUGGAUGUGGUGGAGGUGGAGGUGGAGCCUUCACUGAAUCGAUCGAUGGCUUAAUGCAGGUGCCACAAACACCCUUCACGCCGUGCAGUGGGCCAAGCGGGUGUCAAUUGGGUGGUAUGGCCGCACAGGUUGUCGAGCCGGUCGAGUCGGUCGAGUCUCUCAAUCAGGAUAUUGAUUACUUUAAUUAUGAUGAAGUUAAUUGCCAAUCAAAAAAUCAAUCACCCUGCUCGUCGCCACAUUUGGACGCUUGGUUGAACUUUAACCUCAGCGAAAUAUCGCCGGCGGAAACGGUGCGCGAAUCCUCACCGAAAUUAUGCAACAUUUACGAACAACAACUGGCGCAUAUUAAAGUGGAACAAACACAGACACAACAACAGCAAAAGUUGCCAUCAAUGAACUCCACUUUUGGUACACCCAAGUGUACACCGGUGUGUGGCACCUACGGCGAUUACUCCAAUCUUUACAACAAUCAAAGUGUUUACGGAAAUUUAAAUGAAUACGCAACGGAACAUUUUCAAAAUAACAUCUCACAAGUUAUUGAGAAACCCAAUCGUGAACAUAAAGUUAUUUGGACAAUUGAUGAAUUGGAUGAACUGAAUGCAGCCCUGGUGCUCAACGAUCAGGUUCAGCAGAACUGUGAGUCCAAAUUUGAUAAGUCUGACUUCGCAUUGGACAAUCUGCCAACUGUAACAGUGGAGACCUUGAGCGAAGAGCAACUCCUGACGGCCAACAUCAGCGAUGAUGACAAUGACAAGGAUGACAAUGACAUUGAUGAUGUGUUUGCAGCACCCGUCGAACUGGAGAGGAGACCUGAAUAUGCCGAUUCCAUUGAUGGUGAGAUUGAGCAGCCCGGUUCGCUUAUUUGCCACUGGUCCGAGUGCAACAUGGAGUUCGCCCAUCAGCAAAUAUUUGUGGAGCACAUCGAAAAGUGUCACGUGGAUGUGCGCAAGGGCGAGGAUUUCUCCUGUUUCUGGCUGGACUGCCCCAGACGCUACAAGCCAUUCAAUGCCCGCUACAAGCUCCUCAUCCACAUGCGAGUCCACAGCGGCGAGAAGCCCAAUAAGUGUCCGUUUCCGGAAUGCAAUAAGGCAUUUUCACGUCUGGAAAAUUUGAAAAUUCAUCAACGUUCGCACACAGGCGAACGGCCUUAUGGCUGUCAAUAUAAGGGUUGCCUCAAAGCGUUUAGCAACAGCUCGGAUCGUGCAAAACAUCAAAGAACACACUACGAUACGAAACCCUACGCCUGUCAGCUGCCUGGCUGCACCAAACGGUACACGGAUCCCUCAAGCCUGCGUAAACAUGUCAAAAAUCACGGACUUAUGCGCCGCAAAUCUGCCAGCGGUGGCGCCACAUCCACGUCCUGCAACAAAAAGUCGGGCAAGACACGCCGCCAUUCCGAAUCGACUGCAUUAUCAACAAGGGGACCGUUGGUUGGUGCACCCCCCGUUGAGCAGCGUACACAGCGCAGCAGCAGUUGCAGCGAGGCAGCGCAUUUGAUCCAAUUGGGUGGUGGCCAGGAUAAGGAUAUGCUAACGAGGGAAGUGGUGGCAUCAACUUCGUCAACAACAGACCGCAACUAUGUCUGCAGCAAUGAGAAUGUUGCAACUAAUAACAAUUCAAUAAAAUUUAAUGAGUUGUCAAAUUGCAUUGUCAUCAUUGAGCAAAACCAAAAUGAGGCGACACCAACAGCAACUGCAACAACAAUUGGCUGUCACGAUAAUAGAUACAACAACACAACAAUCGCAGCGACGACUACAUAUGACGGGCUUAACUACUACAACAACAGUCGAGCUGGCGAAGGUGACAAUGUAAAUAAUAUAUAUUCCGUAACGGAAACGGAUACAUUGAGCACUUGCAGCAGCAGUGCCAGCAAUAGCAACAAUUAUAAAACCAACAAUCAGGACAGCUGCAAUCAUGAUAAUAUUCAUAAAUUUAAUGAUCUGGAACAGCUGCUAAAUUCAACAACGGAACAGCACAAUUUAAGCACUGAUUUUAAUACAACGGACAAUAAGUGUCAAUUGAAUGAGUUCGUCUCAUUCGAAUAUGUGCGAAAGUAUCUAACGGAUGCAUUCGAGUCACCCAGCGCGGAGCACAGACCAAAGAGCCCAGCUACAAAUUCUCAAAUCGUCAAUGAUUUCGAAAAUUAUGAUAUUCAAUUUAUUUGAGGCAUAGAUUUAUUUAUUAUAGUUUAACUUUAAGUGAGAUUGUUUGCCAAAUAUUCAUAUAUUUCCACCAAAGAUCUCAGCGUUAUUUACUCUAAGUACAAAUUUGUAUUAUCAUCUGUAAAUUGUCAUUAGUUUUUGUAUAUAGUCUAUUAUUUUUCAAUUCUAAGCCUUAUUAGCCGAUUCUUUAUCUGGGUACGUUUGUUGUACACAUCAAAUUGUAAUAUAAGAAAAUAAGUUAUGCAACACAAAUAAGACACGAUUUAAACGUUCCUCCAUUUGAUUAUCUUCAGUGAUUAGAAAUAUGUCUUCCCAAUGAAU